AUGCAGUACACAGCUCUUACUCUUCUGGUCUUGGCCGCCGCGGCGGUUGCUGCUCCGCAACACAACGUGGAGAAGCGACAGGAGGGCAUCCCUGCCUCCAUCGUCCCAGUCCUCCUCACCGGCAUGCCGCCGGACAUCAUCUCGCUCUACUUGACCAACGCGCCGUCCGCUUCCGCGGUAGUCGAGUCACAGCUCAUGAACGGCGGCCUGACAUCCGGCUGGUUCGCGUCGCUACCGACAGACGUGCAGAGCUACCUCCUUGGGCCCGCCGCCACGGCCACGGAAUCCCCCGUCUCCGUACCCGCCUCCGUGUCGUCCGAUCUGGCCUCCAUAACAUCCGCGCCCAUCCUCGCAACUGGGCCCAGCGGCGCCAUCAUCAACUCCGCCAACGGCACCAACGUUAAUGCCACCGUCUCUUCGAGGAUCAAUAGCAUCCUGGGCGCCAAUUCCUCGGCCGCUGACGCUGUUACUUCCCAGCAAUCCAGUCUGCGCGACACUACGCGCACCACCAGCGCUGGCCGCUCUGCAUCGAGUGCCUCAGAGGCUGCCACUGCCUCCUCGUCUGCCGGCGCGGCGGUCCCCUCGGCUGUUAUUGGAGCUGGCUUGGCUGGCGCUCUUGGGUUCAUUGGCAUGCUCGCUUUGUAA